AUGCUUCUCCACGUCCGCCCGGCCCCUGAGCGCCAGGGGUUGUGGACAUGGGGCGGCCUUCCCCAGCUUCCCCAACCGCGCCCCCAGCCCGGCUCAAGCGGGAACAGGGACGGCUGGAUGGCUAAGACCGGCAAUGGCCGGCUUUCGGGUAACAACACCCCGCGUCACACCAGUCGGCCAGCUGUGACGGGUUUCUUGUCGCGGUUCGAGCUCAGAUCGAAACCUGGACACUCUCCAAUCUAUCUGCCUGCUUUCUUGCAAUCUCUGCUACCGACGAAACUAUUGCGCAUUCACGGCCGUGAACCAACAGACAGCAUGCGCCCCAGCACCACAAGGAUACGCACAGCGCUGCGCACAGCUCGACACCGCGGGUUUGCGACAUCCGCCUGCCGCCUGGACAAGUAUGGCUUCAUCGGCCUCGGCCAAAUGACCACCGUCAUCACCGUCCUCCCGGAGCCUUCUCACGUCAAGUCGGUCUACGCCUCUAUCCUCUCAGAAAUUGCCCCCUCAGCGUCCCGCCUCUUCAUCGACUGCUCCACCAUCGAUCCUUCGACCUCCAAAGCCGUGGCCACCUCCAUCACCUCGUCCUCGCACGGCUCCUUCCUCGACGCCCCCAUGUCCGGCGGCCUGGCGAACAACUACCUCCUGGCGCUCAACAACAUUGCCACGGCCGAGGCCAUGAACCUCGGCGUCAAGUGGGGCCUCGACCCCGCCGUCCUCGCCGGCGUCAUCAACGUCAGCACGGGCAAGUGCUGGCCCUCCGAGGUCAACAACCCCGUCGCCGGCGUUGUGGACGGCAGCCCUGCUGGGCGCGAUUACAGCGGCGGCUUCGGCAUCGGGCUCAUGAAGAAGGAUCUUGGGCUGGCCAUCGUGGCGGCUGAAGAGGCCGGGGCUAGGCUUGAGCUGGCGGCCAAGGCGAGGGAGGUCUAUGAGAGUGCGGAGAAGCAGGAGGACUGCAAGGGGCGGGAUUUCUCCGUCGUUUACAGGUGGCUGGGUGGGGAGAGCAAGUAG